GCCCUGGAGACCUAAACGUCACUACGCGUGCACCGGCGAUCGCGCAUGUGCACCGCGAACCGCAUGAGCGCAAUAGUAUCUGACACCUGAGAGAGACGCUUUCAAUGAUGAAGGUCCUAUUUUCGAGUAUCUUUCUUGUUCUUCUGACAGUGCUAGUACUUGUAUCUUCAGCAGCUAGUUCAAGUGAAAAUGAUUACUGCACUGAAGAUAACUGCCCUGAAGGAACCGAGCUAGUUGAAAUUGGAGAGAGUUCUGUUGUUUGGUGGAACCCUUAUUCGGUGGGUAGACACUUAAUAUCACUAAUGCUGUAUAACAUACAACAGCAAGCAAAACGAAUGUACUAUAAAGCUGCUGAUGUCGUGGAAGGGGUCAAGAGCAAAAUAAAAGAUAUAAGUGAAGUUCUCUACAAUCAAACUGCGAAACUAGUUGAAGCGUUGUAUAACAGAACAUCGAUAGUAGUUGCAACAAGCGUACAAUAAAACUGCUGAGUUUGCCGGUCGUGUUUAUGAGAAGAUUGGAGAAUAUGCUGAAGUGGUUCGAAAUGUACUGAGAGAGGAAUUUAGUUCAUUUUUUGAAAUUAUGUGGGAAGAUGACGACUCUCUAAGAGAAAAUGAAGGCUAUUAUUUUAAGGCUAAAAGGGGCAUAGUGUUUGUAGCUCUGAGAGUUGCAAUUUUCAUUCUUUGCGCCCUACUGGACUACUUGAUAUGGAAACUUUCAACGGGUUUCAUCAACAAGAUUUUCACAAUAAUGGCAUUCAACAGUGCAGUUUUUGUCGUCUACCAACUAAAGGGACCUGCAUGGGUAUUGUGGUUGUUCUUGAUGGUGGGGAAAGUCACGGAAUAUCUUGGAUCAUUCAUUGUAGCUUACCCCAUCCCGUCGGCUGUCGUAAUCUGUGGAAUGUUUUUGGUGAGUUUAACCUACAAUUGUUGGAUGAAGCUUCGUCGGGGGUUCUUCAGGAGACAUGUUGUUGCUAGUGCUAUCCAGCAAGUCAAUAUCCGUCUCCAGGCAUUAGAAGAUGGACAG